AUGUCACUAGAAGACUUGAUCGUCAGACUAGCCAACGAGGCUCAGUUUCAUGAGGCAACUCGACGAGAUGCUCUGUAUUGGGCUGGCAGAUCUGGUUUGUCGGUCGAAGACUAUGUCACAUUGGAUGAGCUCUUGUUGCACGGAGCCUUUGAAAGAGAGGGCAAACUUCAUAUCUGGGUAUUUGUUCCAAAAGACAACCCGGAGACUACUGAUUUUUAUGCCUCGUGCGAAACCCUUGCUCGCGAGGUCAUCACUCUCCAGCCUGGUCAAUCAGAGCCUAGUUCCAGCUACGGACAUAGUAUUACUUCCGUUAUCGUUCCCCCCGAGCACCGUAGAAAAGGAUAUGCCGAACGCUUCAUGUCCCUUUUACACUCUGCCCUUGUACCACAUCGAUAUCCCGACCCUUUAAAUACCCCUGUCACUUUCAAACAGCCCAGUACAGUGAGCGUACUAUACAGUGUUGUUGGCAACUACUAUGCUCGAUGCGUUCCAGCGGCUAGGGAAUCAGGAUGGUCCAUCCAGAAAUCGUUUGUAACCACUUGGCCACUGUCCAACGUUCAUAUUUCCCAGACAACUUCGUCGCCUGUCGAAUCCUUGUCAGACACAGAAAUCAUUUCGGCCCUCGACUUGGACGAUUCAAAUAUUCCUGGCGAUAUGCUGAAGAUGCAGAAGCAGGAUCCUGAGAAGACUUAUUUUGCAUUCGUACCCACCGCUCCCUUGAAUGACUAUUCAGUCGUAAUUAGCAAACUAGUUCAGCUUGUUAUUACGCGCCUCCGAGCAACUCCCGACUUGUUCCCAACUUUGCUCGCAGCAGCAGUUCAGACUGCUAAGGAUACGGGAUGCGAGAGCAUCGAAAUAUGGAACGUUCCGGAGGACCUGAAGAUGAUUGCCCUGAAGACUGGUGGAGAAACGACUGAGCGAACGGAUGAUCUUGCAGCAUUCAAGUGGUACGGGCAGAACUCUGACCCGAAGAUAGACAAUAAGGAUGAUAUGGGCAGUCGAAGAAAGAUAUAG